AUGCCAUCUUAUGCAAAAAAUUUAAAGGAUAUGCUCUCUAACAAGAAGAAGCUAGAGGAGAAUGCUAUGGUUGCAUUGACUACAGAGUGUGGUGCAAUUUUGCAAGAUACACUUCCUAAGAAAUUAAGCAAUCCGGGUAGCUACUCAAUUCCGGUGAAACUUGGAGACAUAGAAAUCAACAGAGCAUUAUGUGAUCUUGGUGCAAGUGUGAGUCUUAUGCCGCUCUCUAUCUGCAAGAAACUUCAAAUGGGUGAACUAAGGCCUACACAUAUAUCUUUACAACUUGCGGAUCGGUCAGUCAAGUUUCCUUUGGGUGUACUUGAAGAUGUUCCUCUACGCGUGGGAAAAUUCUUUAUUCCAUGUGAUUUUGUUGUGAUGGAAAUGGAGGAGGAUGCACAUGUCCCUAUCAUUCUUGGAAGACCAUUCUUAGCUACUGCGGGAGCAAUCAUUGAUAUGAAGAAUGGUAAAAUCACUUUUGAAGUAGGAGAUGAGAAAAUGGAGUAUUCACUCUUGAAUACUAUGGGAACUCCUUCCAUGGGAGAGACUAUUUGUCAAGUGGAUGUCCUUGAUGAUUUUAACGUGAGCAACUUCCCUUGA